AUGAAACACCUUGGUAAUCUUCCAGCAGAUCUGAUUAGAGAAAUCUUGACGAGGCUUUCAGUGAGGCAAAUCCUGCAACUGAGGAUUGUAUGCCGUUCAUGGAACUCCCUAAUCUGCAGCCCUGAAUUCGCCAACCACCACCUUCAUCGCUCAACCCUAACUCAGCCGCCGCCAUUGCUAUGUUGGAAGGAAGCGGGACGGAGGGGCGACAUCAUGCAUUGCUCUUCACAAUCUCUUAUUCUUUAUCGCCAGCAUCAGCCAACUGCAUUCGAGUCACAUCCGGCUGACGGAAUAGUCAUCCAGGGAUCUUGCAACGGAUUGCUCUGCUUGUCUCAAGGCUUUCCCUUUGAAACUCUUACUCUUUUCAAUCCCAGUACCCGUUCGGUAUCCCCAUCCGUUCCGUUCCAGUGCUCGCACGAGUGCGGAGACGAUGUUUUCUGUGGCUUUGGCUAUGAUAUUCUACAUGACCAGUACAAGUUUGUUAUGGGUUGUUCUGCCUCGUCUCUUAUAACUUAUUCCAAGGUGAGAUCUGGCGCUUUAGUUUUCACUUUUGGUGCAAAUCCUUCUUGGAAAAUUGUUAAUCAUCCGGUGUUUCCGUACGAUUUUGUUGGCCCAAGGAAUGGAAUAUUUGUGAGCGGCACUCUCAAUUGGAUUGUGUAUCAUCCUACUAUAGAUCAUUUUGAAUUGGAGUGGUUCCUUCUUACCUUCGACUUGAAAAAGGAGUCGUUUGGUCGAUUGUGUCUGCCGAUUACUAGAACGCGCUCUGACGUCGUCCACCUGCCUCGCUUGCAACUCCACAAUAACCGUCUUUCUGUUUGUUAUCGCACUCCGAAUAUGCGAAUUAUUUGCGCUCUUUGGAUAAUGAAAGAGUACGGAGUUGAAGAGUCUUGGAUUAAAUUGUUCGAAAUCCCAUGUGGUGGAAUGAUCUCGCCAUGUGUUUCGGUGUACAUCUCAGAAGAUCAUAAUCUUUUGGCAUUAGAUGAAUCUGAUCGCAAAUUUAUUGUGUAUAAUUUACGUCGAAACAAACUAGUUUCUCAGGUGUCUCACGGGUAUCAUUCGAUAACUAUAUUCCUUUGCCAUGAGAGUUUGGUCUCACCGUCACAUUAUUCACCUUCAACUCAUGCUUUGCUUGGGAACUGGACACAACUCAACAUUCGGCAUAGGUCAGGUUGCAUUUGA